CUGUCCUGAGUUUCUUGGGCACGGGGUAGCCAUGCAUUUCAAAGUAUAAAGAUCUGGAGUUCCACGCUUGUUUCAAACGUCUGCUCGUUCAGUCGUUCAAGUCCUACAUCACUUCAAGAGAAUACCCUGCACAUCAUGUCAGUCGCACUCAACGGAUGGCAUCCAGGCGAACGUUCAAUACGCGCUAAGCUCGGGCCAGAAUUCACGACAGGCCCGAUUUCAAUAGCAUACUCCUGGAUCGAUGCUAGUAUGCCAGAGCAGCACCGUAUAUUCUAUUCGCGCAAUAUACCAUUUCUUCCGCUUACUAUCGUUGAUGCUCAUGGGAGGCCAUGGGCUGCGCUCGUCUCUGGCCCUCGAGGUACACAGAGCCCUGGGGAGAAAGCGUGGGUAAGGAGCCCAACUGAGACGGAACUCGUAAUGGAUUUGGAAAUGUGGGAUGGCGACCCGAUGCUUGAGAGUCUAGAAGCGGUUGAAAGUCAAACCGGUAGUGGGAGUAAUAAUGAGAAGAAGAUGCAUGUCCUUACUGCAGGCCUUGGGAUCGAGUUUCCGACACGGAGGAGAAACAAGUUCGCUGGUUGGAUGGAGCGCAUAGAGAAGACUGGACCGAAGUCGAGACGCAUACAUUUGCGAGUGAAUCAAGCUAUUGGAAACUGUCCAAAGUACAUUAACGUGCGAACACUAGACCAGUAUCUCGAUGCAUCUCCGCGGAUUGUCUUUCGCAACCUUGAUAUGGCUCCGGAAGACAGACUCCCGCCAGAGACGAUCGACUUUAUCCUCCAAGCGGACACAGUAUUUCUCGGGACAAGUUAUAGUGCAUCUGAGUCCGACAAGGAAAGAUUCCCAUCGCACGUCGGUAUGAACGCACGCGGUGGUCGGCAAGGCUUCGUUCGUGUAAUGCCUUCAGAUGGCCGGACGCUUAUCUUACCAGAUUAUUCCGGUAAUCGGAUAAUGACAUCUCUCGGAAACGUAGAGGCUACGUCGCGCGCAGGGAUGUCGUUCCUCGAUUUCGCAACGGGUGAUAUUCUCUAUGUAUCCGGUACUGCAAAGAACCUCCUCGGCAAAGAGGCACAAGCUCUCAUGCCUCGUCAAAACGUGCUUACUACACUCUACGUCGAGGCUUUCAUUUUCAUACGAGAUGCGCUACCUGUGCGCCAACGUCCAGGAACAGGUGUCGAGCGUAGUCCAUACAGCCCGCCUAUCAAGUUUCUCGCGGAAGAGGAAGAGGGGCAAGCAAUGCGCCAAAUGGACGAAGUCAGCGUAUCGCUCGCGCGUAUCCAGAUUCUAUCGCAUUCUCUCGCAACGUUCUCGUUUGAGACGGAUAAACCAGUGAAGAUACGUGCUGGCCAGACGGCCGUUCUCGACUUCACCGACCUACUUGGGAAGCAGGAAUACGCGCACAUGGCACCGGGACGCGAAGCUAGCUUGAACGACGAUCGAAUUCGUACGUGGACUAUCUCGUCUUCUUCGGGUCUGGACGAAGCGCUGGAGACGCGUACGUUUGACUUGACGAUGCGCGAAAAGCCUGGUGGACUCGUAACUGGUGCAUUGUUUAACCUUGCUCGUCGUGCACAUGAGAGGAUGCCUGCUAUUCUUGAGGAUGCACGUCCGCUUGGAUUUCGUGUGCAGCUUGUAGGAAUAUCGGGUUCGUUCACACUCCCUAAGCCUUCCGAAGGACAUGGACAAGGGAAGAUUAAGCUGUUAUGGAUCGCUGGUGGUAUCGGAGUAACGCCGUUCUUAAGCAUGCUAGGCUCCAUUUCGUCCAGUUCGACGAAUUCUGAGAUGGAAUACGACGUGGUCCUCUUGCUUUCCACUCAUGAGCCUCAUGUACUCCUUCGUCUCAUUCGAGACGCACUCAGUCACUCCGAAUCGAAGGAAGCAAACCUCAAAUUGGCGCUGCAUAUAUUCUCCUCUGUGGAUCCUGGCGUUGACGUCAAUGGUAACAGCUCGGAUAGUGAAGGCUUGACUGUCUUCAUACACGAGGGAAGACCCAAAUUCUCAAAAGAUGCAGACAAGUCAUCAAUGGUUCUCGUAUCAGACGCUAAGGACCGACUAACUUAUCUCUGUGGACCACCGAAAUUCGAGGAGUCAGCAUUGGAUGCGCUUGAGGGUGCGGGUCUUACGCGGUUAGGUGUUAUGCGUGAGGGAUUUAAUUAUUGACAGAAUGUUGGAGUUUUUGCAUUUCAUUAUACUUGGUUGUCUCUCGUUUUAGAUUCAUUAAUUAAUUUGUAUUCAUCACUUUCAUGUAGUUCUAUUUUACAUGUACAUAUCU